GACAGAUAAUGCAACAUUAAUCACCGGGGGGUAUUGAUGAGAUGAGAACUAACCAGGAGGACAGUACAACUGCCUGGCUAGCAACUAGAGCUCGCUAGCUGCCUCUAUCUCCAUCGAAUUGAUCUUUUGGAUUAGGUUUGCCAUUGCAUUUCAGAGCUAACCACGACAGCAUCAUGUCACGAGACCACAUCUCCAACCACAAACCCCCUUCUCUCCUGCUAGCUUCCUUCCUGUGUGGCUCUCCUUUACACCAUUCAUCUCUAUAGAUCUCCCUUUUCCUCUUUCUAGCCAGGCUAAGUUAAUUAGGGCAGCAGUUAAGGCAGGCGGCUAGUACAGCUUAAUUAGCCCCAACCCCGAAAUAAACAAGAGCCACCCAACCAAAACAGAGAAAGAUCCAAACCUGGCAAAAAUAAAACAGAGACAACUUUCUUCUUCACUAGCUAGUCCAUGGCCACAUGCAUCAAGUACAGUACUUGCUGUAGCCCUUAUUAAGCUCUCGCCGCCCGGCCUCCAUGGAGCUCUCCAUGUUAUGAGGAGCGUUCCAUGACCAGCCGCCCCUCUUCUUCUUCUCAUUCUCCUUCUUCUUCUUCUUCUUCCGCCUCCGCUUACCAAGAAACCUCGCGCCGGGACGAAGCUGACGGCGGCGGCAUUGCUGCUGCUAAUCCGGCGGAGGACAACGAAGCCGACGAGCUGUCGCCGCGGGGGUGCGAAUGGGAGUUCCGGCUGGCGGCGACGGUGCCGUCCCCGGCCAUGGUGGGCGCGUCCGACGCCAUCGGCAGCGUCGACUUCGACCCCUCCGGCUCCCUCCUCGCCACCGCCGGCAUCGCCCGCAAGGUCCGCAUCUACAACGCCGCCACCCUCCUCCUUGACCAGCAAUCGUCUAGCCCCGCCGCGUGCAUCUGCGUCCCCGCCAAGCUCAGCAGCGUCCGCUGGCGCCCCGACUCCUCCUCCUCCGGCCGCUUCGUCGGCUGCGGCGACUACGACGGCGUCGUCACCGAGUACGACCUGGACCGCGGCGGCGCCGCCACCUGGGAGCGCGACGAGCACUCCGGCCGCCGCGUCUGGGCGCUCGACUACUCCCCUUCUUCCUCCAUGGCGGCGUCGGGUUCCGACGACCGCACGGCCCACGUCUGGGACCCGCGAUCCCCGGCGGCGGGCUGGGCCACGGCGAAGGCUUCCGGGCCCGUGCUCUGCGUCGAGUUCGACCCGUCCGGCGCCCCGCGGCUCGCCGUGGGCUCCGCGGACCGGCGGGCGGCCCUCUACGACGUGCGCAACAUGGGCCGGGGGCCCGUGGCCACAGCGGAGGGCCACGCGCGGGCCGUGACGUACGUGCGCUGGGCCCCGGGGGACCGGCUCGUGACGUCCGCCGCCGACGGGACGCACCGGCUCUGGGACUGGGCCGCGGCUGGGGCCCAGGGGAUGGUUGGCCCGGGGAGGGAGGUGCGGGCGUACAGCGGGCAUGUGAGUGGCAGGAGCUUCGUGGGCAUGGGCCUGUGGCGCGGGCCGGGCCUCGUGGCCUGUGGGUCUGAGUCGAACCAUGUGUUUGUCUACGACCUCCGCUGGCCCAAGCCCGUCUGGGUCCACCCCUUCUUCGUCCCUUCCGGCGACGGCGGUGGCGGAUUCGUCAGCGCCGUCGCGUGGCGGCAGCAGGCGGAAGACGGCGGUGGCGGAGAUGCCGGGGUGCUCGUCGCUGGCGGGUCGGACGGCGUGCUGAAGCUGUUCACGUGCCGCCGGCGAUGGCGACGGCUGAGAGACGGCGAGGAAGAAGAUGAUGACCCGGUGGAAGAUGUGGACGGCGAGCACCAGUAGGAGCAGGCCACGUGGAUGUUCUCUGAACCAACCAACAAUAGUCUCUCUCUGUGAUUCCUUCUUUUCUUUCCUGUGCUUUCAUUUGUGGUUAUAAUUGUUUUCAUUUUUCUCUGGCUUUUCUUUAUAUUUUUUUCCAAGGGAAGAAAAAACAGACUUGUUGUUUAGAGGAUGCUGGGAAAUGAUUUUUUAAUUUAUUUUUCUUUUUGGCAUAUUGGGUCUCGUGACUAUUGGUUCCUGACAUUUUUUAUGUUACUGCUGAUAUAUUUUUUAUGGGAUAAUAAAUAAUAAGAAAUUGGUGGCCCAUUUCAA